AUGCAAUUGAAGAUAAAUGCUUCAAAUGUGAUUCAAAUUGUAUUAAUUUUAAUUUAAAAUCAAAUUUAUGUACAUCAUGUAUAAGAGAAAAUUGUGAUUUUUGCAAAUCUACUCCUGGUCUUUAUGCUGAUUUAAAAAUUAAAAAACGCGAUUCUAUUUGUGUUGAUGGAAUAUAAACUGAAUUAUAUGAAUAAUGUGAUGAUCGUAGCUAAUAGUGUGAUUCAUAAUGUAAUUUAGAAUAUUCUAGAUGAUGAACUUAAUCAAUUUAAACAUUAUCAAUUUUAAGGAAACAAUACUUGA